AUGGAUACAUCAGACUCAAGCAUCAUUGAUCUUUCUAAAGAAUGGAAGAUGAAGGCUGAUGAGACAAUUAAGGCAACUAUUGAAGAAAUAAAUAAAGGAACUGAAAAUUAUUCUCAAACACAACAAUUGAGAUCUGAUGUAGCACAAAUACAACAACAGACUACAAAACACCAAGCAACACUGGCAGCAGCAGCUCAGGAAGGCGAAGAAAAUGAAAAAGAUCGUCAAGAAUGGGCUAAAAAUCAAAUCUCUGAAUUAAACGAUCAAACAAAACAAGAGUUAGAAUCUAUUGAAGCACUUAGAGCGAAGCAACAAGCAUAUUAUCAGUCACAACUUGCCGGCAAAAACAAAAUUUGGGAAAAAUGUUUACAAGAAAGAAGAGAAGAAGCAUCUAGACUUCGUGCUAUGAUUGAACAAUUAAAUUCAGAUAUUAAUGUAGCUAGAAAUGAGGCAAAGUCUGAUAUUGAAGCUGCUAAAAAACGCGCAAAAGAAAGUGCAAAAAUUAUACGCGCAAACCGCGAAAAACAGAUCCAAACUAUUGCUGACCUUACUAACCAGAUCCAAAAAGAGAGAAAUUCUCAUGCCCCAAACUUAAAACAAACAACAGCUCAAGCAAAUCAAAAUCUUGCCCAAAAGAAAGAACAAUUAUCAAGAUUAGAGCAGAAUUUAUUAACACUUAAAUCAAAAUUACGCGAAAAAGAGAGCAAUAAUUCAAACAAAUUUAGAUACAGCGUUCGUACAAUUAAAGAUUUACGUGCACAGCUUCAAGUUCAGAAGGAUGCAGAAAAACAGAAACAACAAGAAUUAAUGAACAUGAGAAAGAUGUGUGCAAGUGUUUCUAGAAAGAUUUCUGCAUAUAAAGAUGAGGCAGCUUCUUUAAAGCGCCAACUUGCUAUGAUGACAAAGGAUAAUGAAGAAUUACAAAGUGAAAUAGUUAAAUUAGAAAGGCAAAUGUUCCCACAAGUUUUUAAACCUCUCCAAUAA